AGGUCGAGAAGUGUGGUGUGUGUGAACGAAGCAAGGUUUUUAUCUUAACCACGGCUGGAUCACUUAAUGUUUGUACCAUGCACAGGCUCACUGGGCCUCGCCUGCAAAAUGACCACAAAGAGGCACCUAAUGAUUACACACAGGAUGACACAAAAGCACAGCCUGGAAGGCCAGGUGUACUCGGUGCCUCUCAUCCAACCAGACCUGAGGAGAGAGGAGGCUGUCCAUCAAAUAGCAGAUGCAUUGCUCCAUUUGGAGAUCAUCUCUACAGAUAUUUUCAGAAGGGUGUCUGAGAGCGUAGAGAAGAACCGCUGCCAGCUGCAGAGCGUCACUGACAGGAUCAGACUAGCUCAGGCCCGAGUCGACAGGAUUAAAGGCAGUAAGAAGGCCACCAAGGUGUUUUCCAGUGCCAAGUACCCAGCCCCAGAUCGACUACAGGAUUACUCAUCUAUUUUCAGUGGAGCUACAGACCCCUCUUCACAGACCCACCCCCGGCACAGGAUACAGAAUAAACUUCGUCCCUUUGAUGAGAAGACCUUGCAUGAGAAGUUAAUGUAUUUCCCUGUGUGUGUAAGCCACAAGAAGAAGUCUGAGGAUGAGACAGAGGAAGGUCUGGGCAGUCUGCCACGCAAUAUCUCAUCUGUCAGCUCCUUAUUGCUCUUUAAUACUACAGAGAACCUAUAUAAGAAGUAUGUGUUCCUUGAUCCUCUGGCGGGUGCAGUGACAAAAACACACACAACACUAGAGACAGAAAAAGAAGAGAAACCGUUUGACGCUCCAUUGUCCAUUACAAAGAGAGAACAACUGGAGAGACAGACGGCAGAGAGUUAUUUCUAUGUACCAGACCUGGGGGAGGUUCCAGAGAUAGAUGUGCCCUCCUACCUGCCUGACCUACCAGGCAUAGCAGAUGACCUGUCCUACAGUGCAGACCUCGGGCCUGGUUUCGCCCCAUCGGGGCCCACACACAAUAUCCCUGAACUGCCCUCCUUCUCUGAAGAGAGCAGCGUAUCAAGUUCUCAGCUCCAACCUAAUUCUCCACCUCCUCCACCACCUCCGCCUCCCCCUCCUCCUGAGCCUGCUCUUGCUCCUGCUACUCCUGCAGGAGCUCCCCCUGCUCCACCUCCUCCACCCCCUCCUCCUGUUGUCAGCCCCACAGAAGCUUCUCGGCCACCAAGUUCAGGUCCUUUGUCUGGUGCUCCCAGCGAGGUGGUGCAGCCGUCAGAUGGCCGUGCCAGCCUGCUGGAGUCCAUCCGCAAUGCCGGUGGUAUCGGCAAAGCCAAGUUGCGCAACGUUAAAGAGCGCAAGAUGGAGAAGAAAAAACAAAAGGAGCAAGAGCAAGCAGUCGGAGUGGCCUCUAGUGGUGGAGACUUUAUGUCUGAUCUCUUCAAUAAACUUGCCAUGCGAAGGAAAGGCAUAUCUGGGAAGGGACCCGCUGGUGGGGAGCCGGGUGAAACUCCCGCAAGUACUGGCGGUGCCUUUGCCAGGAUGUCAGAUGUCAUCCCACCACUUCCUGCCCCGCAAUCAGCAAUGGAUGACGAUGACUGGGAAGCAUAACGUGAUGGGCAAUUAACAUUUAAACACCGAUAAUGAAAACAUUCAGUUGCCUUGGAUAAUUCUGUGUACAAAGGACUUACAUUGCAUCUACCAAACUAAACUACAGGGUGAGCCACGGAAAAGUAGCCGGAGCAAGUGGAUUGUUUUGGAGGCGGGCUACUUUUCUGUGGCCCACCUGGUAUUUCAAGUGGUGAUCAUUUCUCCUGCUCACAGAAUCUGUGAAAUGGCUCUUAAAUGGCCUCAUAAUGUUAAUAAAUGUAAUGAUUUGUCUAAGCAGAUUAACAAAACAGUUUAUUAAUAUCAUACUAAAUAUGAAGAAACUUUCAUAAAUAAACAAGCAUUGUCCUUAUAACACUCUCUGAGAAAAUAGAAACAAUUUUUGCAUUACAUAACACUUUACAUAGAAUACUUUUUCUGGGAAAAAAAAA